UUCACUGCCGGGAUGCCACCUGGAAACGCCCAUCCUGUCCUCUCUGAGCCACCUCCCCUGAGCAGGGCCACCGGCCUGGCCCUCCCUUCCGCCUGAGGGCGCCCGAGCCGACUCGGAAGAACAGCUACCGCCCUGCAUAGCUUCUUCUCCUCGUCCAGUCCGGGCCAAGUGCAGGAGAGACGCAAGGGCCACCAGAAGGCAGGCCUUCCUGCUGCAGGGCUUCCUGGAUUGGGGGGCACUCCGCCUCACAGGGCAAGGACCCUGAGGCGGGCUGCCCGGCCGAAUGCCUGAAGGACCCUGCUUGCACCGAAGGCUAGCUAUCGCAGUGCCUGGUGGCCGGCCUCCGCGGCAGGAGGAUCAGGUGACUCGGACCCGAACUCCAGCAGGACUGGCGCUCCGAAGAGCCCAGAAUCUAGCGUGGGCUUAGGCCUCGGAGGGAGAUGACCUCGAUCUUACGGAGCCCUCAGGCUCUCCAGCUUACUCUGGCUCUGAUCAAGCCUGAUGCAGUUGCUCACCCACUGAUUCUGGAGGCUGUUCAUCAGCAGAUUCUGAACAACAAGUUCCUUAUUGUACGAAUGAGAGAACUUCUGUGGAGAAAGGAAGAUUGCCAGAAGUUUUACCAAGAGCAUGAAGGGAGUCAGAAGUAUAAAAAGUUCUCUUGGCACCAGUGUCUUGAUGAAGGUACUCUCUUUGCAGGGCGUUUUUUCUAUCAGCGGCUGGUGGAGUUCAUGGCCAGUGGGCCAAUCCGAGCCUACAUCCUCGCCCACAAGGAUGCCAUCCAGCUCUGGAGGACAGUGAUGGGACCCACCAGAGUGUUUCGAGCACGCCACGUGGCCCCAGAUUCAAUUCGUGGGAGUUUCGGCCUCACUGACACCCGUAAUACAACCCAUGGCUCAGACUCUGUGGUUUCAGCCAGUAGAGAGAUCGCAGCCUUCUUUCCCAACUUCAGUGAACAGCGCUGGUAUGAGGAAGAGGAGCCCCAGUUGCGCUGUGGCCCUGUGUGCUACAAUCCAGAGGGAGGCAUCCACUUUGCAGCUGGAACAGGAGGCCCAGGGCCAACCUGACGCAGGCCUGUUGGUCUGUGAAGAGUGGUGGCAUUGCCCAGCCUUUUCUCGCAGACCUCUGGUCCAGUGCAUUCUCCUAAGACCAGGGAGGCCUGGGGCUCAUUGUGCCAUCUCUGCUGGGCACCACCACCUGCCUAAGAGCCUAGCUCCUCACUGCUACCUCUUCUAGAAUCUAACUCUCUAUCUACCUCUUCUCUGGAAUGUUCACGGGUGGGUCAGAGGAAUGGUGGCUCCUUUUUUUCCUGAGAACUGUUCAUCCUUUUUCAAGGAGGAGCUUGCCUAACUAACUUGCCUGAAAAAUGCAGUGACCGUAUUAGCAACAUUUGGUCUAUUUUCCUUAAUAAAAGUCAGUAUU